AGUGAUAAUAGUUAUAAGUGUCAGUGAGUUAUGUGCUCUGUGCUACGCUGGUACUUGUACCGCGACAGGUAACAACUCCUGAAUUCAGUUGGCACGUCUCACUGUAGUGUUUGCAUCCGCGAGUGACCAUGAAAUUGAGACAUCUUUGCUUGUUCUUGUUAGCGAUACUCUUUGCAAGUGCAACCGGCCAGAAUGAAGACGAACUUCACAUCCCGGUUGAAAACGAUAACCAAUUUCCUCCAGACAAUCAUUCCGAGUUGGACGGAAACACCAUAGAGGGUAGUGGAGCAGGCGCCAUAGACUUGCCGGAUGAAGUGACCACCCUGCCUGCGGUGCCGUUGAUCGAAGACGUCCAAGUGACGUCAUUAAAUGAAGAUGAACAGGCAACUACGGUUAAAGGCGACUUCAUAUGCCCAAACCCUUGUACGUGCAACACUGAAGGCGGAUCUAAUAAUUUCGUAGUGGAUUGUUCUGGAUCUGGUCUUAAAGAAUUCCCUACGCCGUUAGAUUCUAAAACUACAACAUUGAAUGUCCAAAAUAACAUGAUAGAACAUAUACCAAAAGAAGUAUCCGCGUUGAAAAACCUGAAAGUUUUAAAUGCGAAAAAUAAUUCUAUUAUGGAGCUAGCAUUAGGUUCAAUCAGCGAACUUCCGGAAUUAACAAACCUAAAUCUAGCCAAUAAUAGGUUAGUCGAAUAUCCGACCGACUUAAAAAAUGCUUUCGGUUUAAUAAAACUAGAAGAAUUAGAUUUGGGUGAGAACGACAUGAGAACGGGAUUGACUUCGGAGACAUUUUCCAAUUUCAAAGCCCUGCGACAUGUUAAUUUGCCCAGUUCUACGACAGUACUGAUCGAUGACUUAUGCCGUAUUCUGAAAGACAGUUUAGAAUAUGUGUGCGUUGGAUCAUGUAGUAAGCACACAUAUGAUUGUCCAGAUGCACCAGAUGAUCUCGAAAACAGUUUGUUGACUGCAGUUUUACCGGGCACGAUCGCUUUAACUUCCAUACUAGAGGACAGUGAAGAACCAGCUGUACCAACACAAACGAAAACAACAGAAAAUACUAAAAUCGAGGAAAAUGUUAAAGAAACCGGGGCAACAAACAGUACACCAACCAUUGCUUCUACAGGUGAUAUAUUGGAAACGAGUGAACCUUCGGUACAUUCCCCGGGGAACAAAACGUCACAAGAAAUAUCACUAUUAAAUGCAGUAGUAGAUAACCCAGCCAUAACAGCAAAUGGAAACGAGGCAGACGUAGCUGUAGGGGCAACAACUGUUAACACCAAUACUGGAGGAGUAGAUAAAAGUGUCAUCGGAAUGAUAGUAGCCGGUAUGGUUCUCGUAGUAGCUGGAAUAACAGUUAAAAAGAACUGGUCAUCAAUUAAGAAUAAAUUUUCUUCGCAAAGGCCACCCAAUGAUCGCGCAGGAACUAAUGCAAAUGGCACAACCCCAGAGGAAGUGCCUUUGCAAGAAAAAUCACCUGUUUAAUAAUAUUAUCUUUAAUAUAACUACUGCAUGUAUGUGUGCUCUGUUUCUGGAGUGGAAUGAAUGGUUUCGAUCUGAACGUUAUAAAAUUAUUUAUUUACGAAACGUCAACAUCUAAUGAAUUGGGAAAAUACUCUUAAAUGACCUGCGUCGAUGACACUUAUUUUCCUUCUAUUUGCAUAUUACCUAUGUACAUAAUAUGAUGACAAUGUAUUAUAUGGAAUAUGUGUGUAUGUAAAAUAUAUGUCCACAAUAUAGAUUAAGUUUUAGUAAGUUCGCGAUAUUUUAUAUUGUAAAUAAAUUUAACAUACCAAUAUAAUUGUAGUAACACUUAACAGGUAUAAAUCGUUUUGUACUUUGACAUAAAAAUUGUAUGUCGCAAUAAAUAAUGUAUUUAAUUUAA